AUGUAAUAAAAACAUGAAGCUAGUUUCUCAAUAGGAUAGCUUGAAGAAGAUUUGAAUGGUGUUGAAACAUCACCUUCUCGAUAAUUUGAUUCAUUUAAACUAAUCAAUUAAUUAUCUAUAAAAACAAAGGAUUCUGUGGAUUAGAAAUUUAAGUAAUACAAAAGAAGAUAAAAUCAUCAUAAAUCUGAUAUUCAUAGGCCAACGUAACUUCAAUCAGUUGAGAAGAAUAAUGAUUAAACUGAAAAAAGAGGUGCAACCUAUGAAAGAAUACCUAGUGAUUUACAAAUAGAUUCUCAAAUUAGAUAAGCUAAAAGAAAGAACAUUAAAGUUUCGGAAUAGGGUCUUAGUCGAAAUAAUUUACUUGAAUCGAAUUCGUCAUCGUAUAGUUCAAAGUUGGGUUCGAAAUAAAAUUGUGUAAAGGGAAUAUUGAAGAAGUAGACACUUGAUUCAUCGUUUUCUGAUAAUAACUCUAGAAGCAGCAGUAUAGGUAGUAAGAAAGGUGUUAAGUUCAAUUUAUCAAAGCCAGAGGUCAGAAUGGCAAUGAAUUAAUGGAAAUGA